AUGAAAUCAUAUUUNGAGAAUGAAGAAUUGUUAAUAGAUGCUUGUUGGGGUUUGAGUUAUUUAAGCGAAUAAGAAAGUCAAAUAAAUACUUUAAUUAGCUAUGGAGUUGUCGAUAAAUUAACUUUACUACUACAAUCUGAAAAACAAAUAAUUAUAAUCCCUGCUUUGAGAAUCAUAGGGAAUAUUUUAACUGGUAACGAGACAUAAACAGAUCAUGUUUUAAACACUGGAGUGUUAUCAAGAUUCGAAGUAUUACUUUAACAUAAAAAUAAAGCAAUUCGAAGAGAAGUUAAUAUUAAUUUAUAUAUAAGGUAUGUUGGUCUAUAUCUAAUAUUGCAGCCGGUAAUGCAACUUAAGUAAAAUAAAUUAUCAGAAAUGAAUCACUUUUAAAGUCCCUAUUUAAAUUAUUAGAAUAAGAUAUCCUAGAAAUUAAAAAAGAAAUAGCUUUUUUUCUGUCUAAUUCUGCUAUUUAUGCAGACUUAGAUGACUUAGAUCAUCUUGUUAUGUCUCAUGAAUUUAUUAAAAAAUUAUCUAACCUUUUAGAUUUGAGUGAUAAAACAAUUAUUUAAGUUAGCCUUGAGGGGAUUUUAGAAUGGAUAAAGAGAGGUAAUAAUUACAUUUCAUUUAGUUCAACAUGAUGAAAAAUUUUAAGUAUACAAAAAAUUGAUUGAGGAUUCUAAAAUUAUUGAAAAAGUUGAAUAACUUUAAAAUCAUUCAUCUAAAGUAAUUUAUGAGAAUGCUUAUAAAAUAUUCGAAAUUUUAUGUCAUGAUCAAGAUAUCGAAGAUAUUUGA